AUGACUACACCAACUUUUCAUGCUAAAUCGACUACGCUUCAAGUAGUGAAAGGUUUUAACGCAAAUAUUGAUGGAAAACUUGUUCUCAUUACUGAUUGUACAUCAGGUAUCGCAAUUGAAACAGCUCGUGCAUUAGCAACAGUAAAUGCACAUGUAGUUAUUAUAGCACGAGAUAUGAAUAAAGGUGUAGAAGUUGUAGAAGAUCUUAAAAAAAUAACUGGCAAUGAUAAAAUCGAAGUGAUGAAACUUGUUCUAAUAGAACAUUCAGUUAUUGAUCUAACAUAUAUUUCUAUCAUUCUAUUAACUAUAGACAAUGGCGGUGUUAUAAUAUGUCCAUAUGGAAAAAUAGUUAACGGUUUUGAAACUCAAUUUCGUGUUAAUCAUUUAAGUUAUUUUCUUCUUGCUACACAUCUUAUGCCUAAACUUAAAGUAGGUACAUCAUCACAUGUUGUUAUCAAAAAAAUUUAUGACAAAUGGCUUGCUUACGGUCAGAGUAUCCGAGAAUAUGCUUUACAUCCAGGUGGACUUACGACAAAUUUAGCUAGAUAUUUACCAAUUGAAGAACAACUAGCAAUGGAAUGGUUUAAAGAAGAUGGUACAUCAACAAGUGUCUAUGCUGCUUUAGCACCUGAGCUUGAUAAUCAUGGUGAAGAGUACCUGAAAAAUUGUGCAAUAAGUCAAGGAGUAAAUCGAGAUAUGAAAAUGUUUUGGAGUCUAGGAGUACAUGCAAUUGAUAUGGAAUCAGCUGAACGUUUAUGGAAACUAAGUGAACAAUUAGUAGCAGCUAAAUAA